AUGCCUUCUGAUUCUGUGCUUCCUGGUCUCCCGGGCUUUGACCCUGAGAAUAUCCAACCAUGGACUGUCGAGGUUGUCGUGUGCAUGACGGUCCUGGCACUGGCUUCAGUCGGCUUACGACUGUUUAGUCGACAUCUCAAGGCGCAGCAACUAUGGUGGGAUGACUAUACCAUCAUAUUCUCAAUGGUGUGGAAUCUAGUAGUCGUCGGUUUCAUCUUUGCCAUGCACUCGUGCGGUAUGGGCCUCCACGCCGAUAAGGUCGAUCCCAAGGACAUUGUCAUGAUGGCAAAGUGGUUGGUGGUGGCUGAAGUGCUCUACGCCUGGAACCUUGGCUGGACCAAGCUGAGCCUGCUGCUCAUGUACUACCGCAUCUUCCGAGUCCCCUACUUCAAGAAGAUGGCCUGGAUCGUCAGCACUUUUGUCUUUGCCUGGGUCAUCUGCAUCACCUUCCUCUUCAUCUUUAUCUGCAUUCCCGUCGAGAAGCUUUGGUAUCCGGAUGUUCCUGGUCGCUGCAUCAACCAGGUCGGUACCUGGAUCGCCAACGCCGCAAGCACCAUUUUCACCGACGUCGUCAUCCUGAUGCUGCCACUGCCGCCCAUCUGGAAGCUACAACUGGGCAGGUCUGAAAAGAUUGGUCUCACCACUGCUUUCGCCCUCGGAUUCUUCGUCGUCUUCGCCUCAGCCUACCGAACGAGCGUCCUCUUCACCUACAGCAACUCUGAUCCUACGUAUACGCUCGCCCCGACGGUCGGUUGGACGGAUAUCGAGAUGUCGGCAGGCAUUGUCUCGGCGAACCUACCGACCAUGUUGCCAGUCCUGAAGCUCGUUGCUCGGUUUACCGGACUCAGCAGCAUUGCGUCAACUGUUCGCGCAGGUUCAAGACCUACUUUCGGAUCCAAGGGGGACAGGAGUGCCCAGGGGCUAGCGUCGCGGGAGGAUACCAACAAGGGCACUAGAUCCAACUCCAACACCAGCAGCUCGAGGGGAGAUGACUUUUAUCGACUUCCCGACGAGACCGACUCUGAUGGAUUGAUGAAGAGUUCAGGAUUCGGAGACCUAGCCACGGCGUCGGAUGCUAAGCUGAGACCCGACACGAAGGGCUAUGAGCUCACAGUCAAGACGUACAAGUCGGACCCUGGUAGGGAUGAUGAUAGCGGAGAGGGGAUUCUCUUGCAGGGUAUUCGGGUGCAGAGGGAGUUUGAGCAGACAACUACGCGAAAGCAGUGA